AAGCACGAUUGAUAUAAUAUUUUUUUGCCGAUUUUUAUAACGAGACACUUCACGUCUAUUGGUCUCAUCCAACACGCGCCGCUUAUUUAUCUCACGCGCCACCGUCUUCGAAACGUUAAAUCUCAAAUCUAAUUCUUCUUCUCCUCUCCGCUUUGCUUUUUCAACUUGCCAAGCUUAUCUCACUUUUCCUUCUUUAUCUCCCACUUCUCCUUUUCAUUGUUCUGUCGUUUUCUCCUUUCUUUUUUUCCUUAAGAUCUCGGAAACCUAAAAAGGAGAAAAAUCUAGGGUUUUCUGUAAUUUCAAUCGGGAAAGAGAAAGAAAGAGGGUAAAGUAAUUUAUGAGUAAGAGGUGGUUCUGGUGUGUGAUGAUAAGAGAAUCAUCAUCAACAAAAUCGCCAUGGGAGGAGUAACUUCAUCGAUCGCCGCUAAAUUCGCUUUUUUCCCGCCAACACCACCGUCUUACGGCUUAAUAUCCGACGAUAAUAGCUCCUCCUCCGUUGACCACCGAUUGUACAUAACCGAGGUUCCUCGCCGCGACGACGUUGACGUUCUGAAGCUACGAACUCGUCGUGGAAACGAGAUCGUGGCGAUUUAUGUGAAGCACCCAAAAGCUAAUGGUACGCUUCUGUAUUCCCAUGGAAACGCCGCCGAUUUGGGUCAGAUGUUUGAGCUUUUCGUCGAGCUUAGCAAUCGCCUCCGUGUUAAUCUCAUGGGGUAUGAUUACUCUGGUUAUGGCCAGUCCACUGGAAAGGCAAGCGAGUGUAACACAUAUGCUGAUAUAGAUGCAUCAUAUAACUGCCUCAAAGAACAGUAUGGGGUAAAAGAUGAUCAACUGAUAUUAUAUGGUCAGUCUGUUGGUAGCGGACCCACGAUUGAUUUAGCUUCACGCACGCCUAAUUUAAGAGGGGUGGUUUUGCACAGUCCUAUUCUGUCUGGGAUGAGAGUUUUGUACCCGGUUAAACGAACAUAUUGGUUUGACAUUUACAAGAACAUCGACAAGAUCACUGCUGUUACCUGUCCUGUCUUAGUAAUCCAUGGAACUGCAGAUGAAGUAGUUGAUUGGUCUCAUGGAAAACAACUUUGGGAACUUUCCAAAGAGAAGUAUGACCCUUUAUGGGUAUCUGGAGGAGGACACUGCAAUCUAGAACUCUAUCCAGAGUUCAUAAAACAUCUGAAGAAAUUUGUAAUAUCGAUUUCCAAAACCAAGGGACCAAGAAACGGCUCAAACAAGACUGCUGCAGCAACGGAUGCAACCAAAAACCCGAGCAAGCCUUCAGAAAACGGACGUGCUGAUACGUUUCAACUAGGCUGCUGCCUUCCGGAAGUUUCUAGAAACAGUGUAGACAGUCAGCUGGAAAAAUCUAAGAAGACUAGUAAACCCGAGAAGUCUCGGAUGAGCGUUGAUAGGUUUAGAAGAAAAAAAGGUCUGGUCUGGUGACAUAAAAAGGGUCGAGCCAUCGCUCAAAACAGGGUAUUUGUUGUAACUCCUGUUUAUGUAAUCCAUGUAUUUUUGUUUAUUCUUCUGAAGCCUUUUGAUAUGUUGCUGCAUAAAUUUUAUGAUGUGUGUGGUUAUGUUGUUUAUUCAGGUUUGUUGUAUGUAUUUUCUGACAGAAACAGAUCAAAACUCAAAAGUCUUGAUUUCAUAUUUGGAUGUAACUUUGUCAUGAUACGAAAAUGCUGUAA